UCGAAGGUAGUGCUGGAGAAAGCCGACAUCGGAAACUGGUGUAUCUGAGAAAUAUGCGACUGGUUGUUUUUGUUGCGAUUGUUGCUUUAAGUGUGCAGCUAAUGCGUGCAGUUGAGAUUCUUGACUCGAAAUUGGCGAAUGGAACACAAGAGAAAACUGCAAUGCAUAGAGUGUACUCUGAAACAGACAAACUACAUGAUGCGAACGUUUUAUUCAUCGAUGAAGCAGAAUCUCAAACUGUUAUAGAAGUGCUUCCUCCGAGAAGUCGACCGCUUGGAAUACCGGGGAGAACGCGUACGCGUGUUGGUGUUGUACCAAUCUCUCUCGGUGGGGGUCGUUAUUCUGAAACAAUUGUCAUGCCUGACACUGCCCGAGAAGACAUUACAACUGAAGCUAAAAUGGUAGAAGGGUCGUUUACAUUUAGUAGGUCAACGUGGUAUUACCCACCAUCACCUUCAAAGUGUGCCGGAGAACUUUAUGAUCCCUUUCAAUACUUCUGCUGCGAUGGACGCCUACAUCGGAAGAAUUUUUACUAUCGCUACUACAGGUACAAGAAACAAACCUACGCAGACGCCUGUUGCGGUGGCAACCCCUACAACUCGAACCUUCAAAUCUGUUGUAGAGAUAAACUGUAUGAUAUUUUAAAAAUUGGAAGAGCUAACUAUAUAGGUUGCUGCAAUGGUGAGGCAUAUGAUACGCAAAAACAACUUUGCUGUAAUGGUAAUUUGUUCAAUAAUGUGCUUGGUUGUAACCAGCAUUGUUGCGGUUAUGGUACGUACAAUAUAAAGUACGAGUUAUGUUGCAAUGGAGUGGUGGUACAGAGACAGGGUGAUAAACCAAUAGAGUGUUGUGGUCAUGAAGGAUACCAUCCAACAACUCAAAGAUGUUGUGGGAGAAAAAUUGCAAUUUCAAGACGUAAUGGUGAGACAUGUUGUGGUGAAGGGGUCUACAAUUUCCGGAAAGAAAUAUGUUGUGGUGGCAAAGCUUUUGCAAGACGUGAUGACGAAAGAUGUUGUGGAGCAAUUGUCUACAAUGAGCAGUUAGAAAUAUGUUGUGGUGGCAAAGCUUUUUCGAAAACGGCAAACACACACUGCUGUUUGAACUACUCUAACGGUAGAUCUCAACCAUAUAAUUACACCAAACAGAUAUGCUGCGGUGGAAUGGUCUAUGUCAAAAUAUAUGGUUCCAACACACGCUGUUGCAGUUGCUAUUUUAAUGGUUAUAAUACCGCAAGACUGUACAAUUACCAUACUCAGAGAUGUUGUGGGUGUCGGGUCUACAAUUCCCUUGGAAUAAGUGGCAACCGCUAUAUCACAUGCUGCUGUCAUUAUCACAAUUACUAUUUCAACCGUUACCGUAACUAUUAUCCUUACUUUUACUAUUUCUCGGCCCCAUAUUACUAUCACCACAACUAUCCCUCAUGUAAGCUUUACGACUAUAGGACGCAAUCUUGUUGUAACGGGGAAAUUCUUAGUAAAUUAGAAUCGGGAUAUGAUUGUUGCAAUAAGCAGAGCUAUCAGUACACAUCACAGCUAUGCUGCAAUGGCCAGAUUAGACCAAGACCUACCAUCAACACCGUUUGCUGUGGAACAUCAAGUUAUGACUACCGAAUUGAAACAUGUUGCGAAAACCAGGUUCUCAGAAAAGAAGGCGCAAAGGUUGCUUGCUGUGGAUUCGAACUGUAUGAUCCUCGGAAGCAAAGUUGUUGCAACGGUCGGGUGACUUAUGGAGGAUCCGGUUACAUGUGCUGCGGUAACAGAGCGUGGCAAUCAAUAUUAUUUAGAUGCUGCAAUAAUCGACCGUAUUACAGACCAGGUUUUUCAUGUUGUUACGGCUUAGUGGUUCCAGGUGGUGACACGAAGAGUUGCUGUAGGGAUAAAACAUAUGAUCGCAAAAAUGGAGUGUGCUGUUGUAAUUCAGUCCGUCAGAGGCGUAAUUUGAAUGGGACCACUGAAUACUGCUGCGGAAAUGAAGUUUACGACAUUCGAACCGAGGCCUGCUGUCAAUCAAGCGUCGUGAAACGCCCUUCUUCUGUUUUCCGAUGCUGUUAUAAAACUUUGUAUGAUUCGACUAUAAAGAGAUGCUGUAACUCUGCUGUUACACCGAAAACAACAGCCUGUAUUUAUUAG